GCAGAAAAAUGGCCUAUGGAGGUUGGAAGGGCUACAACACUGUUACGAUCACUACUCCUCUCACACAGCAUAAUUCAGAAAAUACAAUAUUGGAAUGCCGUGUUUGCGAUGAGGUUUUUCGUUUUCAAGGAGAAAAGGUUCCUCGACUUUUGAUGUGUGGACAUACCUGUUGUCAUCAGUGUUUGACAAGACUGCCUGUUCUUGGUCAUGCCAUCCUGUGCCCAUUUGACCGACAGCCAACAGAAAUUGGUGACUCUGGAGUUUGGGGGCUGAAGAAGAAUUUUGCCUUGCUCGAACUGCUUGAAAAGCUGCAGAAUCCCACGCAGAAUGACAGCUGGUCUCUUUCUGAUUCUGCUUUGAGUAAAGAAGAAGGGUUUGCUAUUCCCUGUGAUGAAGUGGAGCGCCAUACUGCCGUUGUUUUCUGCACAGUGUGUAACACCCACCUGUGUUUGGAAUGCUCGGAGCUAACCCACUCAACACGGACGUUAUCUCGCCACAAGAGAGUUCCAAUAUCAGAAAAACCGAGAGAGAACCCCAAGUGUGUCCACCAUCCCAUGCACUUGGUUGAGUUCGCCUGUCUGGAAGACGAGUGUAAGAGUUCUCCGCUGAUGUGCUAUAUUUGUAAGGAUUAUGGAAGACACAUGCGGCACAAGCACACUUUGCUGGAGAAUGAAGCUGAGAAUGUUAGGACAUCCAUUAUCAGUGCAAUGCAGCGAAUCAAGUCUUUCUCGGAGGAAGUGGGUGAGUCUGCUCGCAAGGUGGGCUCUGUGAUACAGCAGAUAGAAGGAGGCAUACAGGUGGUUGAACAAGAAGAUGAAGAAACUACAACACAGCAUGUUCCUGGUACAGCAGAUAAAGCACGACAGAAAAUGAAGCAGUAUUUUCAUGAACUUCGAGCAAAUCUGAACCGGCAGGAAGUGGUAGCCUUGACAACGGUUGACACACACAUCCGGGAGAAGCUGUGUAUGCUAAGACAGCAGCAAGAAGACAUGGCUGUACUUCUGUCACAGAUCUCUUCAGUGUGUCAGCAGUGUGAGGGAACUUUACAACAGGAGGAUGCCAAAGUCCUUCUUGCUAAAGGUGAGGUGAACAAGCUGAUAGACACCAUACAAAAACAGCAGCAGCAGUUCCUGGACCUCCCAGACCAACUGGCUCUUGAUCCGACCAUUCCAAUAACCUUUACCAAGGAUAACCGUGUACAUAUUGGCCCAAAAAUAGAAAUGCGUGUUGUAACUCUAGGUUUGGACGGUGCGGGUAAAACCAGCAUUCUCUUCAAAUUAAAACAGAAUGAAUUCAUUCCAACCAUUGCAACAAUAGGUUUCAAUGUUGAGACGGUUGAAUAUAAAAAUCUGAAAUUUACAAUUUGGGAUGUAGGAGGCCAACACAAGAUUAGGCCACUGUGGAAACACUAUUUCUUCAAUACACAAGCUGUGAUAUUUGUGGUGGACAGUAGUAACCGAGAUCGACUGGAUGAAGCUAAGAAUGAAUUGGCAAAAUUGAUGCAGGAGAAGGAAUUGAAAGAAGCCUCUCUACUCAUACUAGCAAACAAACAGGAUGUUGAAAAUUGUGCAAGCAUUGAAGAGCUGACUGAAGAAUUGGGACUUUUCAAACAGUGUUGUAGUCGCAGUUGGCAUAUACAGGCCUGUGAUGCCAAGAGUGGAACUGGACUUAGUGAUGGACUAGAGUGGCUGUCCAGACAGAUGGUGGCAGCCGGUGCCCCAGAACUAGUAUAAAGAAACCACAACUGUAGAUCUGUGGUGUUCAAAAACACACCUAAUAGUAAUCAAAUAUCUAGUCUCAGAUUUACAGGUUGUACUAUACCAAAUAACUUCCGGCUGGGUCAAAGUUCGAGGUGCACCGAACUUUUGAUAGAGAAGUGAACACCACAAGUCCUGUGAUUGGUUAUAAAUGUGAGUGUGUUGGUUGUAAAA